GAUGUUGAUCAGUCGUUGUCACGGAGUAGGAAUCCUCGUGUGCUCCGGGCGGGCUGCGGAUGUUUUAACAUGUUUUUAUUGCUAUGUUUCUAAGUCUCCUUUUAGGGGUGGUGCAUUUAAUCUGUUUUCGUCUGAUGCAAUUUGGACUUCAAAGAAAAGAGACUUUUUGAGGCCGUGAGCAUUAGCAAAAUCUUGGAUCUAUUCGUUGCACAACGAGUAGAGAAUUUAAGAUUUUAACAUGUCUGAUACUAUGAUCCAUGUUUCCCCCUCUGUUGAUACCUCACAGGGAAUUAUUCCCACAAAGAAGCAGAAGAGCAACAGGAAGAAGAAGCAGUUUUUAAAAAAAAUGAAAUACCUGAAGGGGAAGGGGUGCUUUCAGGAUGACUCUCAUCAAAGGAGAAACAAUGAACACAAUCAAGCUUCAAAACAGAAUGGACGUUUCUCCAGACCUGCACCAUCUCCCAUGACAACAAAUCGCCGAAGUUCACCUCAAUCUAACCCGUCUUCCAGUGGCGUUGACCUUAGUGUUGGCCGUAGCUCUGAGGCUUCAACCUCCUCUUUUAACCCUCUAUCAAUUACUUUCACUGUGACAAAUGAAAGUAGCCAUACAAAGCCAAACCAACCAGUCAACACCAAAACAACAGCAACGUUGUCCUGCGCCUCCAAAUCCAACGCUCGUAAGCUCUCUACUCCCGCAGGGAACCCUAUAAAGUACCUCGCCAUUGACUGUGAGAUGGUGGGCGCAGGACCCAAAGGCAGCAUCAGUCAGCUGGCUCGCUGUAGCAUCGUCUCAUACGACGGGGAUGUAAUCUAUGACAAGUUCAUCAAGCCCUCCAUGUAUGUAACAGACUUCCGCACAAGAUGGAGCGGUAUUCGUCCCAGAGAUCUCUCCAAAGCCACACCAUUUGCACAGGCCAGGCAGGAGAUCCUAAGACUGCUCAUGGGGAAGAUUGUUAUCGGCCACGCCAUACAUAACGACUUCAAGGCCCUCAGUUACACGCAUCCUGCUGCCUUGACAAGAGACACGUCGAAAAUCCCUCUUCUCAACCUGAAGGCUGGGUUUGGGGAGAAAGAGUGCGCCUCACUGAAGAGACUCACCAAAGCCAUCUUCAACCGUGAUAUCCAGACUGGAAGAAAGGGCCACUCUUCUGUGGAAGAUGCUAAAGCUACGAUGGAGCUUUACAAGGUGGUAGAAGAGGAAUGGGAGAGCACUCUCGCCUCCACAUCUUGACCCACGUACUUCUAUAUUUGAAAGUGCAAAAUAAACUCAGCUCAACCACCUUUAAAUUUAAA